AUGCCAGCAUUUUGCAUUUCUGAUUUCCUGCUGCUUUUUGCUCCUUUUUUUUCUGGUCAAGAAUUUGAGACCAAAACUCUAAUUCCCAACAAUUUUUCUUUGGUGUGGCAGGUAGAAAUUGGUAUAAGACAGAUGUUUAUGGGGUCUUUUAAGGGCCUGACGAAUGCCAACAUAUGGCAUGAGAAGCUGAAAUUGAAGGGUUUGCUUUCUUCUUAUUUAUUCCAAGAACAUUUUCCAGUUCAUUAUAGUCACGUCCUUCAGGCUCUACCACUUCCAGAAUACAUGGACCCCAUUUCAGGUGUUCUAAACAUUGCUGCAGAUUUGGGCCAGGAAACCUCAAAGUCUGAUCUGGGUCCUUGUCUUUAUAUCUCAUAUGGAAGUGGUGAGAAUCUUUCACAGGCUGAUUCUGUGACAAAACUGCGUUAUAAUUCAUAUGAUGUGGUUAAUAUUUUGGCACAUGCUACUGAUGUCCCUGUAUCUACAAAACAGCUUAAUUACAUAAGGAAGUUAAUGACAAAGCACAAGGACCAGAAUAAAGAGAGCGGAGAAGCACCUUUAGAUGAGGAAAACAUUGAAGUGGAAUUGCAUGAUAUGUUCAGAGAAGAUAUGCAAGUAAACAAGAAAGUUGCUAGAGUAUCCUGGUUCUCUGCUGCAAGACAUGAAACUCAUGCUUCAAAUCUGAAAGAUAGAGACGUGUUCCAUGAUGGGGAUUCUGGUUCUGACUCUGAUUCUGAUUCUGAUUCUCACACUGAUACUGAUACUGAAGUCUCAAAAUUUUUCUUGGGACCUGUUAAAAGUUCAAGGUCAUCAGAUAAUCUUAAGUUUCAUGGGAAUCACUCGGAGACUUCCAAUCAUUUCAUAUCUGAGUCUUGUGGUGCCCAUUGGGAUAUCUUUCGUAAACAGGAUGUUCCCAAGCUUGUAGAAUACCUUAGAAGGCACUCUAAUGAGUUCACUCACACAUACUUCCAAAAGCAUAUGGUUCAUCCAAUACUUGAUCAGAAUUUCUUUCUUGAUGCAUAUCAUAAAAUGAGACUGAAGGAGGAGUUUAAAAUUGAACCCUGGAGUUUUGAUCAACAUAUUGGAGAAGCAGUGAUUGUUCCUGCUGGAUGUCCAUACCAAAUUAGAAAUCUUAAGUCAUGUGUCAGCGUGGUUCUGGACUUCCUCUCACCAGAAAAUGUUACUGAAUGUAUUCAGUUGAUGGAUGAAUUACGACAACUUCCAGAGAACCAUAAGGCCAAAGUUGACAGAUUAGAGGUGAAGAAAAUGGCAUUGCACAGUAUCAGUAGAGCAGUCAGAAAAAUUCAUGAGCUUACACGGGCAGAGACCAGCAUGGACCUCAAUGGCUAGCUGCAAGGACUGAAAACGGAAAGAUAUGCUGUUACAAAAUGAAUCGUACAGGAUCUCUCAUUCUUGGUGAAAAACACCAACUUUUUGUUAUCAAAAAUUUGCAUUGGUUUCCUCAUUUACUGCAACAACUUGUACAUGGGUUCAUUAAGGUUAGCAUUUUCUCCCCUUGCUGCAACAGCAACGUAUAUAUGAUCGAUCCGUUCGACUGUAUAUAAUGACUAAUCAGUUUGGUUGUAAUAAUGAUUGAUUCUUUAGUUCUUUUCUUAUAUAUAUACAACCUUGUGAUAGUUUCUUCA